AUGGCCAACCCCACAUCGGUGCACGAACCCUAUCGGGACCCAUCCGUCGGCGAUCUCACCAUUCGGACCUCCGACAAAAUUGAGUUCCAUGUGCAUCGGCGCCGCAUCGCGGACGUCUCCCCCGUCUUUUCCGACAUGUUCUCCCUGCCUGGCCCCCCUGCCGAUGGGAAGAUCGAGAAACAGGUGGUCGACGUCUCCGAACCGAGCGCUAUCUGGAGCAAGCUGCUGCCCCUCGUACACGUUGAUGAGCCGACCCUUUCCUUAGCGGACAUCUAUAACCUCCUCGUGGCCUCAGACAAGUACCAAAUGACGGGGAUCAAGAAUCGGAUGCGCACACAUCUCCUUCGCUCAGACGUCUUGGAUGACUCGCCAUACGCCGUCUAUGCUUUAGCGUGUUAUGGCUGCUUCGAGGACGUUGCAGGCGUCGCUGCUCGACGUACGCUGAAGCUUCCCGUCUACCCUCAGACCGUCCCGGAGUUCGCGUACGUGUCCGGCCGCGCCAUCUAUCGGCUUCUCGAAUAUCGGCAAAAGUGUGCAGCGGCCGCUCGCGCGGCGAUCAAAGUCGUCCCCACCACUCCUGCGACGUCCAGCUUUACGUGGUUGUCCAACGGCUGUCCGGACUCGAAGACCUGCGACACGCGGGUCUGUCGAAGAACGUCGAUUGUCGUGGAGACGUCAACCUGGAAGAAGUCGUCCACGCGUGUCACAUACGAUAUACGGAGCUUGUGGCUGGAGUACCUGCACCAUCUCGCCAACGAGCUCGAACAUAACCCACACGAAUCUGUCGCAUGCAGCUUCACCCACCUCAUUCCGAUCGUAACCUCCGUAAUGGCUUCAUGCCCCGGAUGUUCCCUUAUCAUCCAUGCAGAGGUGUCUCGGUUCUCCCAGGCAGCGGAGGAACAGAUAAGAGGAGCUGUCUCCACGGUGAAGUUGGUAUUGGAGUCUUGA